UCCAUGAUAGUCAUGUUAAAGAGAUGGUCCCUGGCCACAGUGGCCCGUUGGCGAAUUCUGCUCAUGGUCACGUUUUGCUUCACAUUCCUGCUUUAUUUCCGGAACUGCAGAACUCAAAGAAACCAAAACCACCAAGUUUUGUUCAUGGAUCUAGCAGAUGACUCUAGAUAUCAGGCUUUACUUCAGGAGCAUGAGGAGCAAUAUGAGCAAUAUACCACCAGCCUUACCAAGCAGAUCCUCCAGUUAAAAAAGGCUCUCCAAGAGAAAAGACACCUACAGACAUCUCAGCGACAGGGAGCAGUGAAGCAUCCAGCGGAGGUGGAGGAAAUAGUGCAGACGAGCAACCAUAACGAGCUUGAGAUGUUCCUUCAGGAGCAACUGCGUCUCGCAGAGAUCCAUGUAGGUACAAACCUACCGAAUGAGUAUGCCCUGGUGCCAUUUGAAAGCUUUACACUUCAGAAAGUCUUUCAGCUGGAAACCGGGCUCACAAGGCAUCCUGUGAGAAGCGCUCUUCAGAAUGAUUUGGCCGGGGCAUUAGAAGUAGCACUACGUAUCCUUAAUGGUCCUAAAGAUCAGGAUGACCCUCGGCAUCAUAGGAUAUACUCACCACAGGAUUUCUUUGAGGGAAUUUCCCGUACAGAGAGCGAUAAAGGAGCACAAUAUGACCUUGCAUUCAGAGAGAACAGUUCUUUGGACUUCAGGAGGCUUGUGCUUUUUCAUCCGUUUGCGCCUCUGCAGAAAGUGAAGGAAGAAGCAGUCGACACAUCCAGCGUGCUGAUAAACAUAAUCGUGCCACUGGCUGAGAGAGUCGACACAUUCAGGCAGUUCAUGGACAAUUUCAGACAAAUCUGCACUGAAGAUAAAAUGAUUCACCUCACAGUUGUGUAUUUUGGAACGGAAAAGUUGGAUGAAGUCAGAGGAAUUAUGGACACCAUUGCAAGGAGAACAAGAUCUAGGAAUUUUACUCUGGUUCAUCUGAAUGAGAAGUUUUCCAGAGGACGAGCUUUAAACGUGGGCGCUCGAGCCUGGAAAAAGAGCAACGUCCUCCUUUUUUUCUGCGACGUUGAUGUCCACUUUACUGCCGAGUUUCUUAACUCCUGCCGAAUGAAUGCUCAACCUGGGAAAAGAGUCUUCUAUCCAAUACCAUUUAGCCAGUACAAUCCAGGUGUAAUUUAUGGUGACCAUAUACCACCUAUUGAAAAACAGCUGGUUAUUAACCAAAGUGUUGGAUACUGGAGAGACUUCGGAUUUGGAAUGACUUGUCAGUACUGGUCAGAUUUUAUCAACAUAGGAGGAUUUGACAUGAACCUAAAACCUUGGGAAAAAGAAGAUCUGUACCUCUACAGAAAAUAUCUGCACAGUAAUCUCAUGGUGGUGCGUGCACCUUCACGAGGACUGUUUCAAAUGUGGCAUCAAACACUUUGUUCAGAGGACCUAGAAACAAAACUGUUUCAGGUGUGCAUGCAAUCGAAAGCCAUUAAUGAGGCCUCGUACAGCUAUAUGGGGAGGCUGUACUUUCAGCAAGAAAUCGAUAACCACAUACAGAAGCAAACCAUAUAAUACUA